AUGACCGUCAAGCACCUGCGAAACCUGCAGCGGGCGCAGAUGACCGCUGCGCUCAGCGCCGACCCCACCGUCCUCGGCAAGUACCGGGCUGGAUUCAACGAGUGUAUGAACGAGGUGACCCGGUUCCUGUCCACCUGCGAAGGGGUGAACACCGACUGCAAACUCAACCCCGCCGAAGCCCUGUCCCCCAAGGUCUACGGGGGCUUCCAGCUCGUCCCUGCUACCGAUGGCCAGUUUGCUUUUCUCAUCCCGAACCCGGCUUUCCCUCCCAGCUCCGGACCGGUUAUUCCCCUGUACGCCAACGCCAACGUCCCGGUGUCCGCAGGCAGCGGCUCCGGGGACGGCCGCCACCCCGUCAGCAUCCCCGGUCCAGGGGUUGACAUCAUUUGGGGGCAGAUUGUUCCAGCGUCCCAGGCGGGAAGUCCCAUCGGCGAACGCAGUGAAUCGGUGUGGAGGCCUUGGUGA